AUAUUAUUUAAAUUGUAAUGUUAUGUUCAUAUUAUUGAUGACAACCCCAGCUUUUUGUUUAAUGUUAGGCUAGUUUUGAAGGUCUUUAUAUUGCAAUGUUUCCUUGUUGCUGCUGGCAAGUUCCAUUGAUUACACACCUGAGAAAAUAAUUUUUACUUGGCAACACGAUAAGAUAGUUUGAUUGGUUGGAACUGCCAGGUGUCAGGUGAUAAGACUAGUAUGACUGGCACAUAAAAGUUCUUAGUCUCCGUUCUAGUAUUAUUUAGUCUCUUUCAGAACAACAAAUUAGUCUAAAACAUAAUUGAAUUAAACAAAGUUAUAAUGGAUUGAUUUAUCAGAUAGUCUAGAUUUCAUACCAAAAUGAUUACUAUGAUGUUACUAUGCUAACUAUUAUCGAUUAUCAUAACUUUUUUUUUGAAUUCCCAUCUCUACCUAACUUCUUUUACAUCUCUACCCAGGAGUUGUGACUAACCCAUUUGCUGCAUUUUGUAACCAUUAGAGAAAUGGUCGCUGAGCUACAUCUACACUGCCCUGUCAAGGCCAGUAGAAUUGCUUGGUAUCCGUGAAUUCACUGCCAUGGGUCUGAUGAACAACCAACAGAUUGAUUACUAUGACAGUGUGUCAAAGAAGAAGAUUCCCAAACAGGACUGGAUGAGGGAGAAGCUGCCAGCAGACUACUGGGAAAAAGGCACUCAGUCACGCAAGAGCAAGGAGCAGUGGUUCAAAGUCAACGUCAACAUCCUGAUGGAUCGCAUGAGGCACAACAACACUGAUGUGCAUAUUCUUCAGUGGAAACAUGGCUGUGAGAUUGACCAACAGAGUGACGGCACAGUGAAAUUCAUAAAGGGCACCGACCAAUACAGCUAUGAUGGUGACGACUUCCUGUCCUUUGAUGAUGUCACUAUGCAGUGGGUGGCCCCAGUUGAUCAAGCGCUGCAGACUAAGAGGAAGUGGGACGGGGUGCAGAUCCUCAACCAGUACACCAAGGGCUACCUGGAGAAGGAGUGUGUGGACUGGCUUUCCAAAUUCAUGGAAUAUGGGGACAAAGAAAUCAGUAGGGCUGAUUCCCCUCCAAAGGUCUAUGCAUUUGCUAAAAAGGCCAAAACUGCAGGACAUGUCCGACUGACCUGCAUGGCCACAGGUUUCUAUCCCAAAGACGUAGAAAUGCAUAUUAAGAAGAAUGGUGUUCCAUUGGCCAAACAAGAUGGAGUGCAGUCUACAGGAGUCCUACCCAAUGAUGAUGACAGCUACCAGAUCAGGAUGAGUGUGCAGAUCCCAGAGGCAGAUAAGGAAACUUAUGAAUGCUCUAUGGGAAAUGCUGUGAUUGUACCCAAGUAA